AUGAAGUCCAUCAUCGUCGCAGCCGCCAUUUCAGGCGCCCUAGCCUCCCUCAACUGUACGGCAACAGCCGACGUAAAGACCUACUGCUGCCCGGAUAUCAAGUCUGAGCUGGUCAAGACUGGGCCCGCUGGUGCCCUCAUCAUGAUGGGCUGCGCUGCCGACAACACCAAUAAGAACUGGUACUGGAACUACAACGGCCUCUACACGGCUUACUCGACCCAGUUCAAAGACUGCUACCUCAACACCAUCCCCUUCAACGACCUCAAGGGUAAGCCCAAUCAAACUCUCACAAACCCAACGUCGGCACCAUCAUAUGCCUGGGCACGGAAAUCACUUGCUAACAAUACGUUCCCCGAUCACAUAGUCCUCCCCGACUGCAAGGACGAUACCUACGUCCUCGACCUCACCCGCGGCAAGUCCGGACCCCUCGACAAGUGUAACCCCAACUGCGUGAGCCAGAACAAGUUUCCGGCCAACACCUACUUUGGCGACCGUCAGAAGGAGACCAACAUGGCGUCUAAUUUCCCGCGUCCUAAUCCGAGCCCGGGAUGGCCUUGGGUUCGCAGAGGGCGCAGAGUCUAGACUUCGACCCCCUCCAGUAAUGAGGCGGACAACUUCGAGUUCGAUGUUGCGAGAUGCGAGGUCACGAAAUGAAAUUGCAACGAGAUUGAUACUUUCUUCUUCUUAACAUAGCAGCGAUGUUGUGAAAUUCAAUUAUAGUCGAUCUUGCAGACUAUCCAGCCUCUGAUCCAAGUAAAGUAAUGUCCAAAGACGGGGAAUAUCCAAGUAAAAAAUAGUCAACGC